AUGUCUUCAGCCAACUUCCCAGCCAUCUUCUCAGCACUCCAUAAAUCCAAAAGCCAUCAGGGCCACAAAAGGAAGAAGCAUGAUUCUCCCUCUAGGAGUGGCGAAACCAAGAAAAAGAGACAUCAUAAAGUGCUCACUCUAGAGGCUCCUGUUUUAGAUGCCGACACUAUUGUGGUCGACACUUCCAUUCUUAACAAGGCCCCUGAUCCAGCUGUGGGGGCUUCGUGGUCGACUAGCACCCCCGCUGCUGCUGCCUUGGGGAAAGAAAAUUCAGAUGCCGUUUCCCCUGCGUCGGCACAGGCUGAUGCUUCUGCCAAGCCAUCUCAACCUAUCGCCGACUAUACUCCUUCGUCGCCGACUUCUUCUCCAGCUCACCCACUACAAUCUAUCGACACCGCUGGUGAGUUCAUUGGCUCCCCUAUCCAGAUUAAUGACAGUGACUUUGACUCAGUCAUUAGUCCUGCAACGUACACAGAUUCCAGUUCGACUAGUUCUGACUCUAGUCUUUCUUCAUCUUCCUUGCCUUUGCAGGAUCCAAGGGGACCAGUGGAUGUUGACACCUCUAAGAACCCACCUUCUCAAACUACUCCUCUGUCGGCUGCUUCUCCUUCAUCUUUCCAGGGUCUGGCGAUAAAGCCUUUUGCCUUAGAAGCAAUUGCUAGGCUCUGUAACCUAGUGAAAUCACGUGAUGCUUCUUCUGACUCUGAGCAGCUUUACCACUCUGGCAAAAUGGGUUCUGAGGCGACGAAGACUAAAGCUUUAAUGGAAAAAGUUCGCUUUCACGCCUUGAAUCCUGACCUCCCUUUUGUACUUAUGCAUGAACCUACUGUCGGUCUAGAGAUCUUGCGCGUGCUUGCCCAACUUAAAGAUCUUCAACUCUCAGAAUAUGCCAAGCGUGCAACAGCCGCUUUAGAACAACUUCUGGUUCCCAUGCUGCGCCAUCUCGAUAGCGUCAGGGAGACUGAACGCCAGAUUGCAUCUACUGAGGCCUUUGUGAAGGAAAAGUGGGAGAUGGUGAUGAAUGCCGACGCAGAGGUCACCAAACUACUGAGGACUAUGGAGGAGAAGAAACAAGAGUUGAUCUCCAAACAAACACGGGCCGCUGAGAUACGCCAGCAAAUUGAUGCUCUUUGGCGUCAAAUUGCUACUUUGCACAGUGAGUUGGAGUCAAUUGCAAAGGAGGAGUCAUGCUUUAUCGACGAAGUUCUAAAACCUGCCUAG